AUGAAGUGGUCUCACAGCAACAGGUUGGGGGGGAGGGACGCUUGGUAUCAGCAGUAUGGCUGCUGCUUGCGGAUGCUUCCCACGCUCUGGCGUCCCAAUGCAGCUUCUCCUUCUCAUCCUCCUUCUCCUCCUCUUCCUCCUCCUUCUCUUCCUUCUCUCCUCCUCCUCCUCCUCCUCCUCCUCAGGCAGACCUUUGAAAGCUUUUCUUCAGAAAUAAGGGGAGAGAGAGAAAACGAGAGGAGAGAUGGCCCACGCCCGAGCCUGCGCCGAGCCCCUCGGGUGCCCGCAGCCGGUCCAUAUGCCCCGAGUCCGAGCCCCUCGGGCGCCCUCAGCCAGUCCAUACGCCCCGAGCCGAGCCCCUCGGGUGCCCGCAGCCCGUCUGUAAGCCCUGAGCCGAGCCCCUCGGGCGCCCUCAGCCAGUCCAUACGCCCCGAGCCGAGCCCCUCGGGUGCUCGCAGCCCGUCUGUAAGCCCUGCGCCGAGCCCCUCGGAUGCCCGCAGCCGGUCCAUACGCCCCGAGCCGAGCCCCUCGGGCGCCCCCAGCCCCUCCGGAUGCCCCGCACUCUGUGCCCGGCACCGCUCACCUCCGACUGGAGGUGUCUGACCGAGUCCCCAUUGGGGGGGCCUCCAGCCUGAGACACAUUAUCCUGGGGGGGCCGCGCGGUCACAAACGUCCCCUUUCUUUUCGGUGCCCAGACCUGGCCCAGGCCCAGCGGAGCUGUCCUCCCCAUGAACCAUCCAUUGUCUUGUCCCCAGGCUCCUGGGAGCUGAGCCCAAGGGGCCCCAGGGAGGGGGAGACAGAGACGGGCGCGGGGAGGGGCGGGCAGGGCCGGGCCGUGGGAGGGGGCACUGCCGUCCGCUCGGGGGCUUCGGCGGGGGGCCCGCCUGCCAGCUGGGGGUCUUUCACUUCAGUGACUAGACUGUCUGGCAGGAGAAUUGUUGGGCCAUUUCCCACUCCCCACUGGGCCUCAGUUUCCCUAGCUUUCAAAUGGGCCCUGUCAAUCCCCUGUGCCAUCAAAGCACCCCCGGUGCUGACAGAAUCACAAAU